AUGACCAUGGCAACGGGCAAUGCCAACGAGGCCUUUAAUUCUACUUUGGCCAACAAAACCGUUUCAGACACCAACAUCGCCAGAGCCAACUCACUCAUGGUCCUUGCCCCCAUCACCUGCAUGUCCCUGGUGGUCGAUGACAGCCAGGGCAAGAAGGCCGAUGCAGGAGGCAUCCUAAUGGACACUUCCUGCGUGACCCUAACAAUCAGCCAGGGUGAUUCGGAGGACUUCAGAAUGCCCAUGAGGUAUAACAACAGGGCAACAGAGCUCAAGAAGAAAAUGGAAAAUGGCACCUCCAUAACACUCCACACCCUACAGAAGUUCAGCCCUGACGACACCUACACCCACCAGAACACAUCUGACGAGAAUAAGACUGCCCCCGAGGGACCCAAAGAGCAGUUGGACCUGGAUGAAGACAAGAGACAGCUGAUAAAGAAGACCAUGAAGCAGAUCCAGGAGGAGCCCAUGGAUACACUCUCCAGUCCCAGCCGGCAGCAGGCUUUGGUGACCCUGACCCAACUGAGUCCCAUCCAGCCAUGCCUGGGAGCCAAGGAGAGAAAUGAGCUGGUGGCCAUCUGCGUGAGGAGCGUGUUCUCCUUGCCCUCGGUGCAGACCAUGCAGGAGGAGGACAGAACCAAUGCUGACUUCAUACAGAUGUUGUAUUCUCAGACACUGGAUGCCCUUCAGACAUUGCUGAGCUCUCUCUUCUUAGAAGAUCCUAGCCCAGCUGGCCUAACUAGCCUUUUGGAGCCCCUGGGACCCUGGAUGACAUCUGCAAAGGCCCAUGAGAGAGCCCGAGCGGUCAACAGCAAUGUCUUCUUACUGAACUGCACACUCCAGACCCAGCUUUUCUUCACCAGCUUCGUAGAACAGGUCUCGAGCAUCUCUACGCAGCCGAAGGGACAGCUGACCUUCGAGCACAACCAAGGGCGCUAUUUUACGAUAUUUGGCUUCCCCAUGUUUGGUCUUCUGCUUGGACGGCUCAUUCUUCGUAUAUGUGACCCAGAUGAAGAGAUCGGCCAUGAAGCCCUGGAUGGCGUCAUCAUCCUUUACACCAUCCUGGAGCUCCAGAAGAAGAGCAUAGAUAAGGAGGAGACCAAUAAACUUGAACUAUACAAGAGCAACAAGCGAUUUCUGGGCCCCUACAACCCCGUCAGCCCCUGCCAAAACAUCUUGAGAAUGAUCGCGGAAUUUGGAGACUUUCUUGGACCCCAACAAGUGAAAGAUCUACUCCUGGCUGCCUUGGAAGGUUUGAGGGAUGACCAGGAGACCCCCUCAAAGGACACAGCAGAGAUGAUGCAAUUGGCUUCUGAGGUCACCCUGAGCUCCGUUUUGGAGUGGUAUAGACACAGGGUAUUGGAGGUGAUACCAGACAUCAUGAAUGGCAUCUAUAUGCAUCUAAGUUCCAUCCAUGAACCACGAGCCCGGGAAGUUGCCCUCUUGCCCAUCUCCCUCCUGGCCAGUUCCUUCAUGACUGAGGUGGUCAUUGCUCUGCUCAUGUGUCCCCUCCCACUGGACAGCAAUGGGGCAGAGAUGUGGAGGCAGCUAAUUCUUCGGAAACCCAGCUGUGACAUUCGGGACCUUCUGAAGUUGCUCCUGACCAGUCUGAAGGAGAAGCCCAUCACCAAGAAGGGCAGGGCCUCCAUUAUUCCCCUGGCGGCAGCCAGCGGCCUUUGUGAGCUCCUCUCUGUCAACAGCUGCAUGGGCCGAGUGAGGCGCAUCUAUCCCCAGUUGCUCCUUGCCCUCUUGGUCCAGGUCCAUUACCACAUCGGCGUGAACUUGCCUAGCAACAAUUAUAGCUUCAGGGAUGGCCCAAGCUCCAUCUUUAUCCCUGUCCGCUGGGUGGUGAAGGUGGUCAAGACUCUUUUGUUGAAGAUGGGUUGUUCUUAUGAAGCUGCACUGCUGGAGAACCAAGGCGGCUGGGAGCUCAUGGUUCUGGCUGAGCAUCACCACCGGGGUGUAUCUCUGCUGGCCAGGGCCAUGGUGCAUUAUUCCUGCCAAGAACUCUGUCGAGUGCUUUAUCUGCUGGUUCCACUCCUGGAAAGAGGGGAUGAGCAACACAAGAUCACUGCCACUGCCUUCUUCGUGGAGCUCCUUCGCAUGGAGCAGGUGAAGAGGAUUCCAGAGGAGUACUCCCUGGGCCGAAUGUCCCGGGGCUUGACCAACGAAGACCCCAUCAUGAAGGUGCUCUGUAUCAGGGGCUUGGUCCUUCUGGCCCACAGGUCAGAAAAGGUGAGAAAACUGAAGAUUAAAGAGAUUAACUUUUCAUUAGCAUCAUCAACGUUCUCGACACAAAACACAGACCAAUUAUGUCGGGCCAAAGUCCAGGCUCUUCUGCCCUCCAUGAUGAAGGGCCUGCAACGGGUUGACGGCUUGCUGGCAGUGGAGGCAGUCAGCAACGUCAAGACCAUCCUGAAGUCUCAGGAUAAGAAGUCAACUGAUAUUACCACUUACCUGGAAAUCCUGCAGGUUCUCCAGCCUCACUUCAAUGAUAACAGGGAGGAGGUGCGUCUGACGGCCAUCACCCUCUUUGGUAAGGUGGUCCGGCUACUGCGGAGCCCCUGCGUGCCCCUCACAGAGCAGCAGUUGGUGAACUGCCUGGUGCCUCUGAUCCUGCAGCUUCAGGAGGGGAACCCUGCCGUGGGGAAGAAAUGUAAGAAGACCUUGUCCUCUUGCUGCUACCACAUGGCUUGGGUCCUGCCAAAAAUGGUGUAUAACAAAAAGCCAUGGGACAUCAGUCAGCAGACGGUGACCAAAAUCUGCAAGUACUUGGUGAACACCCACCGUGACAGUGCCGUAGUGUUCCUGACCCAGAGCCUGGAAUAUACCAAAAGCCCUCGGGCUGCUCUCCGGAGGAGUGCAGUCACCUUUAUAGGGUCCCUGGUACCCUGCAUGGAGGGCAUGCUGACUGAAGAGAUCUUAAAUGAAGUGAAGGCAGCCCUGGAGGCCCUGAGGCACGACCCAGAAGCAUCAGUGUGCAUCUUUGCAGCCCAAGCCCAGGACCACGUCUUAGCCAGUUGCUGGCGGAACUCCUGGUCCCUUCCCCGGGGAGACGCUUGGGUCUGCGACCCGGCCACCAACCACCGAUGGAACUCCAGCAAAGAGAACCUCCCUGUCAGCCAUCACCGCAGGUCCUCGAUCUUGGACCCGCUGAGGGCCUGGAAGAAGAGUUUAAAGUAG